AUGAAAAUAGGAUAUAAUGAAAUAAUGAUAACAUCAAUGUACUUUAAUGAUAUUAAAGAUUUUAUUAAUUUAGAACUUGGAGUUAAAAGAUUUCAAGGAAAUAUUGAACGAUUUCAUUUUAAUCCAAUUCCAUUAAAUGAAUAUUCAAGAAAAUUGUUUCCUAAUAUUGAAACAUUUCAUAUUUAUGAUGAAGAUGAUGAAAUAUUUAAUGAUGGAAGAAUAUUUAAAAAAGUAAUAUGGUAUAGAGUAGAUUAUUCAACACAUUUAAAAGAAAAAGAACAAGGAAAUGAAUGUAAAAACAUAAUAUAUACAUUUGAAGAUAGAGAAGAAUAUGGGAAUGUAAUACCACCAGAAGUUAAAUCACUUGGAUAUUGGUGUUUUUGUAAAUGCAUAUCAUUGACAACAAUUACUAUACCAACAUCAGUUAGUGAAAUAGGAUUUGGUUGUUUUUAUGAAUGUAAAUCAUUAAAAUCAGUUACUGUACCAUCACCAAUUAAUUUUAUGGGGCGUGAAUGUUUUGAUAGGUGUAUAUCGUUAACAUCGAUGAAUAUAGAUAAUUUACAAUUUAUUAGUAAAGAAAGAAUAUUUAUGAAUGAACCAGUGUUAAUUAGUAUUAAAAUACCAUCUAAUCUAAAAAUAAUCAAUGGAAAGAAUAUUGAAAAGAAAGAUAUUAAUGAAUUUAUUAUUCCAUCUUCAAUUACUAAAUUAGAAGAUGAAUGUUUUUCUGGAUGUACAUCACUAACAUCAAUUAAUAUACCAACAACAAUUAGUGAAUUAGGAGAUGGUUGUUUUUGUAGAUGUUCAUCAUUAAAAUCUAUAAAUAUACUAUCAUCAAUUACAUCAUUCGGUUAUGGAUGUUUUUAUGAAUGUGGAUGUGAAGAAGAAUUAAAGAAGAAUAAAACAAUACCAGAAGAUUGUUUUAAAUUGUAUAUUGAAUAA